GAUAGGUUCUCUGGUCUCAAAUUUGAAUGCAAGGAACAGAUAAGGAUUAUGAUGGUGUGGGUGAGAUUAGGGCUUUCUUGGAUUCACUUAGUUCUUUACAGAUAUCAAUGUUAGGCUCUAGAGACCAAUGUCAAUCGCCCUCUGGUUAUGAUUCUGAUAAUUUUACUGAUGAUGGAAACAAAGAAGGGAAGAGUGGGCAAAAGGAAGUUCGGAGAAAGAAACAGUUGCCAUUGUUAGGAAUUAAUUUCUUUCAAAAGUUCAAAGGAAUGUUUCAUGAAGGAUUGGUUCCAAAAGAAGUUCAGCCUAGAUAUUCAAGGAAAAAUGGCGGGUCUUCAUUGAAGUUUGGGGUUAUUCGAAAUGAUAAUGUGUUAGAAUUGCAGAAACAACAGGUUGAAAAUGGUUCCCCGGAAAGGGAAGCAAGGGAUUAUAAAUUGUUUUCAUCACAUCAAAUGAACAGCAAUAAGGAUGACUCCCAAAGAAAUAUUGAUACUAAAUAUGUGAAUAUGCCAAAAAAUGGGGAUCCAGAGAAGGUUUUUAGUGUAACAAAAGAUGGAGAAGGGCUCAACAAUCUUCAUGAUGAAAAUUUUGUGAAUUUGCCAACCAAUGGGUUCUUUAAGAAUGUUGAUUCAUCUCGAACCCAUCUUUGUAAAGAAGAGGUUUCUAAUGGAAACCAAAGCUAUCUCUAUGAUAAUGGAAGUUCACUAGAAGAACUUAAACAUAGUGAGAAUGCUUCCCCCAAAAUGAGCAAGCAUAUGGGGGAUGGUGAAAUACACGGACUUGGCAAAAGAGAAAGGGCCUUGGAAUCAGAAGAUCGGUCUGUUCUCGAUAACCUAUUAGAUUCAGAGGAUGAAACAUUUGAGAGAUAUGUGAACGAGGCGAGUAAUUUGGUACAAGAAGCUAAAAAGUGUAUAAAGGUUCGAGAAAACGAAGAAUUGGUUGAGCGCCUCCUGUACAAGUCUUCAAGUUUGCUAUCUAGAGCCACUGCCAUGAGACCUGCAAGCUUGAUGGCAGUUGGGCAGUGGGGAAACUCUUUGCUUCUUCAUGGGGAGCUAAAAUUACGAAUUAGUCGGGAACUGAGGUCUCUUUUGUCGAGAAGCGAUACCUUUCUCAAUGAACAGGAGCUUAGACCUCGAGCUCGGGGAUUGAAUGAGAAAGGAUUGAAGAGAGAUAAAGUAGUUUCUGUCCUGGUUGAUGUGUGUGAGGAGUGUGAAGAGCUUCUCUUAGAGGCUGGGAGAAAGUAUAGGAUCGCCUUAUCGAUCGAUAAGGAUGAUAUGAGGGCUUUGUACAAUUGGGGCCUUGCUCUCUCUUUCCGAGCCCAGUUAAUUGCAGAUAUCGGACCGGAAGCAGCUCAUGAAGCAGACAAGGUAUACCUUGCGGCAAUAGAUAAAUUCAAUGCCAUGAUGGCAAAAAGUAAUUCUUAUGCACCAGAGGCUUUGUUCAGAUGGGGUAUGGCCUUGCAGCAACGAUCUCAUCUGAGACCUCGUCGCAGUGGAGAGAGGAUUAAGCUAUUGCAACAGGCAAGGAGGCUUUUUGAAGAUGCAUUAAGUCUUGACUCGAAUCAUGUUCAGGUCAAGGAAGCAUUGUCUUACUGUAUAAAUGAGCUCGAGCAGAGAGAGAAAGAGGGGGGGGGGGUGCAGGUAUAGCUGAGCACAAUUUGAGGAAAAGAGGAAUGGAGGUAUAGAUAGUGCUCAAAUAGAGACAGGA